AUGACACAAGAAUAUGACGAUGAUGAUGCUAUGGGAGGUCCUCUCUUGAUCGAACAGUUAGAAGGUAAUGGUAUUACCAACAAUGAUAUCAAAAAAUUAAAAGCUGCAGGGUUUAAUACUGUUGAAAGUAUCGCCUAUACCCUGAAAAAGAAUUUAUUGUUAGUUAAAGGUAUUAGUGAAAUUAAAGCUGAAAAGAUUGCUGGUGAGGCUACUAAGUUGGUCCCUAUUGGUUUCACUACCGCUUCCAAAUUUCAUGAAAGAAGAUCAGAAUUAAUCUGUCUUACAACUGGUUCUAAACAAUUAGAUACUUUAUUAGGUGGAGGUAUCGAAACUGGUUCAAUUACUGAAGUUUUUGGUGAAUUUAGAACUGGUAAAUCUCAGUUGUGUCAUACUUUAGCUGUAACUUGUCAAUUACCUAUCGAUAUGGGUGGUGGUGAAGGUAAAUGUCUUUACAUUGAUACUGAAGGUACUUUUAGACCUAGUAGAUUGGUCUCUAUAGCUCAACGUUAUGGUUUAGAACCUAAUGAUUGUUUAGAUAAUGUAGCUUAUGCUAGAGCUUAUAAUGCAGAACAUCAACUUCAAUUAUUGAAUGUUGCCAGUCAAAUGAUGGUUGAAUCAAGAUUUUCCUUAUUAAUUGUCGAUUCUAUUAUGAGUUUAUAUAGAACUGAUUAUAGUGGAAGAGGAGAAUUAUCUGCAAGACAAAUGCAUGUGGCUCAAUAUAUGAGAACUUUACAAAGAUUAGCUGAUGAAUUUGGAAUUGCUGUUGUAAUAACAAAUCAAGUUGUUGCUCAAGUCGAUGGAUCAGCUUCAAUGUAUAAUCCAGAUCCUAAAAAACCUAUUGGUGGUAAUAUCGUUGCUCAUUCUUCAACUACGAGAUUGAGUUUCAAAAAGGCAAGAGGUGAACAAAGAAUUUGUAAAAUUUAUGAUAGUCCGUGCUUACCAGAAAGUGAAUGUGUGUUUGCAAUUUAUGAGGAUGGUAUCGGAGAUCCAAAAGUCGAAGAUGAUGAUGAUUAA